AUGCCAUCCCAACUCACUUAAUUCACAUUUCACAUACCUCUCAUAUCUUACAAUAUGAGCACCCUCCCUACAACACAAGGGAAAACUGUACCAGAUGCAUCCGAUUAUAAGGGACGGCCGGCCGACAGGUCCACGACCGGUGGUUGGUCGGCAGCCGCAAUGAUAUUAGGAGGAGAAGUGAUGGAGAGGUUGACAACACUCGGCAUCGCCGUUAAUUUGGUCACAUACUUGACCGGUACUAUGCAUUUGGGCAAUGCUGCCUCUGCCAAUGUUGUUACUAACUUCUUAGGAACCUCCUUUAUGCUCUGUCUAUUGGGUGGAUUUCUUGCUGAUACUUUUCUAGGAAGAUAUCUCACCAUCGCCAUCUUUGCAGCUGUCCAAGCAAUUGGUGUAACAAUAUUGACGAUAUCAACUAUAAUUCCAAGCUUACAUCCACCAAAAUGCAAAGAAGACUCUAAAUCUUGCAUACAAGCAGACAGCAAGCAACUAUUGGUGAUGUAUUUAGCACUUUAUAUCACAGCCCUCGGCACUGGCGGUCUAAAAUCUAGUGUCUCUGGCUUUGGUUCCGAUCAAUUUGAUGAUUCAGAUGACCAAGAAAAGAAGGGUAUGAUUAAAUUUUUCAGCUGGUUCUAUUUUUUCGUAAGCAUAGGGUCUUUGGCAGCAGUGACUGUUCUUGUGUACAUACAAGAUAACCAAGGUAGAGGUUGGGGUUACGGUAUUUGUGCGGUCGCAAUUGUGGUUGCGCUCCUUGUUUUCUUGUCCGGUACCCGCAAGUACCGGAUCAAGCAACUUGUCGGUAGUCCUUUGACUCAGAUUGCGGUCGUGUUUGUGGCUGCUUGGAGGAAGAGACACAUGCAAUUGCCCUCUGAUUCUUCAUUGCUCUAUGAAGAGGAUGAUAUCCUAUGUGAAACACCUAAGACCAAGAAGCAAAGGAUGCCACAUAGCAAACAGUUCCGUUUCUUAGACAAAGCAGCAAUCAAAGGCAUAGAAAGUGGCGGUACAAUAACCAUCAAGGAGAAAUGGUAUAUUUCUACCUUAACAGAUGUGGAAGAAGUUAAAAUGGUAAUAAGGAUGUUACCCAUAUGGGCCACAACCAUAAUGUUUUGGACAAUCCAUGCUCAAAUGACAACAUUCUCAGUAUCACAAGCAACAACCAUGGAUUGUCAAAUUGGAACAUUUCAAAUCCCAGCAGCAUCAAUGACCGUCUUCUUAAUCGGAACUAUUCUCCUAACCGUUCCUUUCUACGACCGCUUCAUUCGACCCGUCGCAAAAAAAGUACUAAACAACUCACACGGAUUCACCCCUUUACAACGCAUUGGUGUUGGUUUAGUCCUCUCAGUAAUAUCCAUGGUUGCGGCAGCACUCAUAGAAAUGAAGCGAUUGAAAUUCGCAAGAUCACAUGGUUUUGUAGACGAUCCAACGGCAAAGAUGCCAUUGAGUGUGUUUUGGUUGGUGCCACAAUUUUUCUUUGUUGGGUCUGGAGAGGCCUUUAUGUAUAUGGGACAAUUAGACUUUUUUCUAAGAGAAUGUCCUAAAGGAAUGAAAACUAUGAGUACAGGGUUGUUCUUGAGCACACUCUCAAUAGGGUUUUUCUUUAGCUCAUUAUUAGUGACUCUAGUGAACAAUGUGACCGGUCCAAAUAAACCAUGGAUUGCGGAUAAUCUUGAUCAAGGGAGGCUCUAUGAUUUUUAUUGGCUAUUGGCUAUGCUAAGUGCUAUAAAUGUGGUGAUAUAUUUGGCUUGUGCUAAGUGGUAUGUGUACAAGGACAAGAGACUUGCUGAGGCAGGCAUAGAAUUGGAAGAAAUAGAGGCCUCUACAUUCCAUGCAUAGGGGUUUUCCACCAAUCAACUUUUUUCUUCUGUUUGUUUUUUCCUUCAUAGAUUUCUUUUUCUACUAGAGUCUUUGUCUUUUUAUAAAGAGUGAUUGGAGUUUAAAAAUGUUUUACACGAUCAUCCACUCAUAUGUCACCAUUUGUAUUUUCUUUGUAAAAUAUUUUGACAAACAUUAUGUGGUGAGAUAUGAGUAAAUAAUUGUCUAAAACUUUAUCAUACCAUCAAUAGAUAUCCAUUAAACCUUUUUCAAAUAAACAGCUUCAUGUACAAAUAUGUUUUCUAUUUAAAUGUGUUAAGUGCCUCCAAAUGUAACAAAA